AUGGGACAUGCUUGCUUUUAUCCUACAUCAUUGUUUUUGUGGGGAAGGGGAGAGGUCAACAAUGCUCAGUGCAAGAUCUAUGACUGCAACAUUAAAGAAGAUUUAGGAAAUGGUUGGUUUCGUUAUGGAGAUGCUGCUAUCAAACUCUUUAAAGAGAAGAAAACCUGGACCAAUGCUCGUAGCGAUUGUCAGUCAUUAGGUGGUGAUCUUCUCUCUAUUACCAGCUCACAUGARAAUGACUUUGUSAACGAUGUCUUUGUGGAGAAAAUGAAUCUAACUUAUACUGCACAAGACAUUAGUGAGGCAUCCCAUAGACCUUCUGUGCACUAUAAACUCAACGGCGAAGAACCAGACGUUAAACUUAUGGGACCUUCAGGCGAUGCUACUUUCCGGGUUGAAGGGAGAGAGAAGGCUUUAUACCUGAAUGGACGCAAUGGCUUUGCGCAAAUUCCAAGCCUAUCUGUCCAAAGUGGAAUUUUCAUUUCAUUUUGGGCAAAGGUUUUGAACACUACAGAGGCCUGGUCGACAUUGCURAAUAUYUACGACAACUCGACUUCGCAGUCGAAAUUCAUGGUAUCAAUUGACGGAMAAACGAACAAUGUCUAYUGUUCUGUUGGCUUGAGCAAUGGUAGUCUUAAGAAGAUGCUGGCGCAUAGCUUCCGCACAAAUGUGUGGCAGUAUUUUAGUGCAAGAUUCAUUUCAUCAAAACAAAAGAUUGACUUUGGAUAUCAAGGCACUUGGAGCAAGACAAAGGAAUACGACGUGGGCGUCAGUUCUUUGAACUUCACUACAAGUGACAAGUUUGUUAUUGGUUCUGAUUCCUCGCAAAACGUGCACAGCAACAAGUCUUUUCAUGGCUUYAUGAAACAUUUCGUUUUUGUGAAGUCUCCGAUGAUUGGGUAUAAAAUGCAGGCUGUCAUGUAUUGGCACGAGCAAGGAGUUUGGAUUGGCCUCAACAAUCAAACUGACACUUCCUACUUCAGUUGGUCUGACGGUACCCCCGUGGGGCAGUUUAUGAACCUACCAGACUACACUCCAGAGCCCAACAAAUCUGGAAGAAAGUGUGUUGCCAUGGCAAAGGACAAGAAAUGGUUGGAUAAGCACUGUGAUUUGAAGUAYCCAUUCCUGUGCGAGAAACCUGUGCUGUAACCCGAGCGCCAGUUCUUUUUGAUGCGACGGAUUURCAGUUGAAAUGAAACGCUCGUACAAAAACGCAUUUUACAAACAAUUUACCAGGCCCGGACGUAAACCUAACUUUGAGUAUCAAUUUUUUCGACAGUGCAGCGAUUUUACAAUCAAGACAAGACAACCGUUGAGCUUGCAAUGAUAGAAACCUUCUUUCACAACUACAGACAAUUAUUUACAGGUAUCUAUCAUUUCACGCUCAACGGUUGUCUCGCUUCGAUGUAAAAGCACGGCUACCAUUCAAGAUAUCGCAGAGAACCGUGAAGAAGACUUUUGUCCUAUGGCACAAUAACGUUACUGUAUGUUUACAUUGUGGGUGAUGCUCAGAAUGACCCGAAAUUUUGAUCUACUAAUAAUCUGUCUCUAAGUAGAACUUUAGUGUAUCGAGUCUUGAUGUACAUCAUGCCGGUACCAAGGAUUUCUUAUCUACAUUUUAUUUGAUAUGCAGUCACUAUUAUUCCCUUUGGCGACCAUAAUCCUUAGCGUUAAAAUAAUAAAAUGUUUUCGUGUGACAUAAUUAUGCGAUACGAUACGGCAAUCGAGGUGCGAUUCUAYCACAAUUCCGAAUCAUGGCAACAGAUCGCAUAUGUUUGUCGCUGAAAAUCGCAGCAAAUAUCGCACGCAACCAACGACAAGUUUGCUAGUAUAAAAGACAUUAUUGGAAGGGCAUACACAUUAGGACUUAUUUACUCAAACUCUCGCUAGUUCAAUUAUUUCGUUGCUUGGGGUUACGUUUCUGGAUUGUGAUUCAUGCAAUUCUAGGUUUCAGAGCUCUCCCCUCUUCCUCSUUUUAUGGAAAAAUUAACAAGCGAGACCCAGAACAAGUCUAUUCAUAUAUUGAAUGUGGUGUGAAAACUUAUUUAUCAAGCCAUCAGGCUUCUAAUUAAAUUUCUUUUUCAAAAUAUUGAAAACAAGGACACGACCCCUGCGGAUUUCAUAUCCUUGAAAAUUCGAGGAUGUUUUGACGRGAGGGCGUCUAAUAAUCAUUUUACUCUGGAGUUUAGGAACCUUAUCAAGGAAAACUGAUUCAGUUUUGACAUGUUGAUUAUAAUUGAUAGUACGUAUAAUUUUUUUUAAGAUUCUUUAAAUGACUACAUGUAUCCAUGGCAGCACGGCUGCUUAUAAGUUGUGAAGGCGGGAAAAAAWUGGAAACAAUAGGAUUUGUUUUUUUAUUUUUGUUCUUUUUUCUAAUUUUUCUGUAUUGAAAUGUGAUUUCAUGCACGCAAUGAUCCCUUAAAACUGAGAAUAAAAUUGAGAAUAAAACAAAAAUGAGAAGUGGAUUGAAUACAGUAAGAAAAGACUAAGAAAUUUGUUGAUUUACAGGUACAGACCUAUAUGUUGAGAUUCAGCCUARAGAUUUGGCUAAGAAUUGGGUGUAAGAAACCAGGAGGAAGCUCACAAUCUCCUUUAAAGGCCGAAACAGACGGUAAAACGUUUACCUACAACCAUCGCAUGCGAC